UCUCUUCUUGUUGGCACAUCUGUUUGGAAACUGAGUAAUAAUCAGAAGGCAAUUACUUAUGUAUAUUCAGUGGCAUCAGUUGACUACUUAGUGAGACUGACUCCAUUAUUAUGUAGCCCACAACAUUGUUUGGAUGGUUUCUCAGUCUGGAUGGCCUGUGUUAUUUUGCAGUAACAACCCCCAAAUCUCAGUGGCUUCAAAUAACAAAGGUUUAUUUCUCCUUGAUUCAUCUUACAUGUAUUUAAGAGAUUAUGGCAUCUGAAGCCCACAAUGUUAAAAAACGAGGCUUUUGUAAUAAUAUUGAGGAUCAUUCCACUGAUCUUCCUAGAAAAAGGAUCUCUAAUUUUACUAAUAAGAACAUGAAGGAGGUUAAGAAAUCUCCAAAACAGUUGGCUGCUUACAUAAAUAGAACAGUUGGACAAGCUGUGAAAAGCCCAGAUAAACUACGUAAGGUGAUCUAUCGCAGAAAGAAAGUGCAUCAUCCUUUUCCAAAUCCUUGUUACAGAAAAAAACAGUCCCCUCGAAGUGGGGGCUGUGACAUGGCAAAUAAAGAAAAUGAACUGGCUUGUGCAGGUCACCUGCCUGAAAAAUUACGCCAUGAUAGUCGAACAUAUUUGAUUAACUCCAGUGAUUCUGGUUCUUCACAGACAGAAAGCCCAUCAUCAAAAUAUAGUGGGUUUUUUUCUGAGGUUUCUCAGGACCAUGAAACAAUGGCACAGGUUUUAUUCAGCAGGAAUUUGAGAUUGAAUGUAGCUUUAACAUUCUGGAGAAAGAGAAGUAUAAGUGAACUUGUAGCUUAUUUGGUGAGGAUAGAAGACCUUGGAGUUGUUGUGGAUUGCCUUCCUGUGCUCACCAAUAGUUUACAGGAAGAAAAACAAUACAUCUCACUUGGCUGCUGUGUGGAUUUGUUGCCUCUAGUAAAGUCCCUACUUAAAAGCAAGUUUGAAGAAUAUAUAAUAGUUGGUUUAAACUGGCUUCAAGCAGUCAUAAAAAGGUGGUGGUCUGAACUGUCAUCCAAAACAGAAAUUAUAAAUGAUGGAAAUAUUCAGAUUUUAAAACAACAAUUAAGUGGAUUAUGGGAACAAGAAAACCAUCUUACUUUGGUUCCAGGAUAUACUGGUAAUAUAGCCAAGGAUGUAGAUGCUUAUUUAUUACAGUUGCAUUGAGAGACUUCAUCUACUAAAGAGCAUUUGAUUAUUCAAAACAUCCCCAGACUAGAUUUCCAAAAAAAAAAGAAAGAAAGAAAGUCUCACUUGAGAACUGUGAACUGUGGAAGAGAUCAAAAUCUUUUUUUUUUUUUUUUUUACUUUAAAAAGCCACAUACAAAACCACUAAUGAAACCCUAGCAAUCUACUUCACAUUGAAGUGGAAAAAUAUCCAAAAGGAGCAGCUUCAACUUCAAAGAGGUGAAAAUGCACUAUGAAGAUUGUUCGCCUUUGCUGCAUUUGGGAUUUAUAUGGUUAUUUGGUAACAUUGUUUAAGAACUACUGGGUCUUAAUGCAGUCCUGCAUAAGAAUAUAAUUUAUACUAUGUCAGAAAGAAGACAGGACUUACUACUAGGAAUCACAAAAACCAAUCAUCGUGACUUUUGUGAAGACUGUGUUUUAUAAGAAAACACUUAAACGUGUGCAGCUAUUUUCUUAUUUUGAAAAGACUUUGCAAGUUUAAAAUGUCAUAGCAAAUAAUCAAUACUAAAAAUUUGUCCACACUGAGAUACUGUGUAUACAAAAUGCCUUAAUUAUUAAUAAGCCAAUGCAUAUGAUACCAAUAUCUGUUUAAAAAAAUUAAAACCAACCAUGCUUCUGGCACGAUAAGAUCAUGGAAUUAAAUCAGGGGUUUCCACUCAUGUAAAAUGUUGUUAAAACUAUUCCAUACCAUUUUUAAAACUUGAGAAUAUUUUUAGUAUCUCUGAUUUUUCUUUUUGCCAGAAUCAUUGUGUCAUGUGUAUGUGUUAUUACUAUAUAAAAGAAAAAGGUGAAUAUGUAUUUCUAUGAAUGCUUAACUAGAAAUGUCCAUGGAGUUGGCUAAUUUAUAUUCACUUUUUAUUGUAUAUAGAAUCCUAAUAUUUUCAGUUCUGUAUCAUUUAAGCUUUCUUCAUUUGAGUAAAUUCACUAAAUAUUUCUAUUUUUUGCUUUUUUAAAUUCUGCUUUUAUAUCAGUUCUAAUUCUUUUUCACUACUUAUAUUUUAAGGAAUUACAUACAAUGCUUUAGAACUGUUUACAGUUAAUGCUGACCUUGUGUUCUAAAUUCCAACACUUUACAUUACUACCUCCUCCAAUGGUUGAUAUGAAAUGCCAGCAGACUGUCUGAGGUCUUUUUUUUUAAUACCAUUUUUAGUGUCAAUGAACCCACUUCUGGAAUGUCUUAACAGCUGCAUAUCUUAUCUUGAAAAUGAUAGGGAUUCAAAAUACCACUGUUGAUGGUUUGUGCAUCAUCUCAUCUUUAUAACCCUGAGAGGUAUCUGAGUAAAGAUUUUUAGUAAUUGAAUUUGUCUCCAGUAAUCCUACAAGCACUUGAAUGUAAAUCUUUAGCAUUUAUCCAGUUAGCCACUACUGAUGUGAAUCCCAAGCAACUUUUUUGCUUUAAAAAUGUUAUCUUUCAUUGAGUUCUAUUUUUUGUGUAGCUGUAUUUUAUAUAGCUAUGUAUUCCUCACAGCGAACAUCAAUUUUAAUAAUUGGCUCUUUUCUUAAGUCUUUAGAAUAAUUUAAGAUUACUGCAUUUCUGUGAUUUGAGAGUUAUUUAAGAAGUUGUUUUUCAGGAGGUGGGAAUUUGAAUAGUAAACCUGCGUCAUCUCUGUGAAACCUUAAGAUGAUAAAAUAGAACCUUUCUUUGUUCCUA